GAAGCCAAUAGGGAAGGAAGGAAGGAACGAACUCAAGAGACCAAAGUCGGGGAACGAGAACGCGUACGUAAAAGUGUGUGCUCAAAACAACCAAAGAGAGGACACAACGAGGCAUCCCAGGAGCAGAAGGGGUCACUUACGACACCUUGCGACGAUCGCCGAGGAUCGCCGAGGAUCGGGCUCUACGAAGGCCUCGCGUGAAGGCCUCAAGCAUCAUCCCAGCCCGCGACGUGCUGGUCCGUUAUGGACAUGUCCGGUGUCCAGCAUACGGCCACAUCCAGUCGUCCGGUCGAGCUUCAUCAUCCCCAUCAUCAGGCACAACAACAACAACAACAGCAGCAGCCGCAUCACACCACCAACAUGGUGGGUAGACAGCCCGAGAUGCGGGUCAUGCACACCCCGGCUCAGAAGCUGGUGCGGCCCGGACACCAAGUGGAGUUGCUGUCCGCAGCCAAAUAUUUGUGCGACCAGCAAGACUAUGUGGACCUGACCAUUUAUUGCGAGGACGGUGUGGUGCGGGCCCAUCAGAUGCUCUUGGCCACGGCCUCGCCCUUUCUGAAGCUCUUGUUUCAGAAUUCCCCCCUGUAUGGGGUGGAUGAGAUCUCGCUGAUUCUGCCGGAAGUGAAGGCCUGUCUGGUACAGGCCUUGGUUCAUUUUGUGUACACCGGCACGGUCGUGUCCAAAGAGGACCAUUUCUACAGUCUCAUGAAGUUGGUGUACGCCCUGAACAUUAACGCCUCGAUCGAGGCCGAGUCCACCAACGAACGCCCCACCACUUUCUCGGCCCCCCUCAUCCCGUUGUCCCGGAUCGAAUCUCCCUCAAAGUUCAAAUUGCCCACCCAACUCCCGCCCCCCAUGACGGCCCAACUGCCACAGGUGCCGCUGCCUCAGCAGCCCAACCCCAUGGUCAUGCAGUCCUUGGCCGCCAAUCACCAGUCGAUCGCCUUGCCCACCCAUCCCGUGCCUCCGGCCAAGAUGCCGCGUCUGGCCACUUCGGUGCCCUCGUCCCUCCCGAUGUCCGUGAGCACGUCCAAGCACAUGUCCAUCCAAUUGCCCACUCAACCCGUGCCCAUGAAUGCCAUGGUGAACGGUAUCAAGAGCGAGCAUGUCCUCACCGCCGCCCCGCAAGCCGGAGGAUCCUACAUCGCCGUGGAUCCCAACACGGGUGUGUCCUACAAAGUCGAACUGGGCAACGGCUCGGUGGGCGGCGAUAGUUCCGACCCUUUGGCCGCCAUCAUGAAUGAAACCAUUUUCACCGAAUCGUCAGUAGCCCAAGCGAUCUACCAAACUGAGACUGGACAAGUGAUCUACACCACGCAACCUGCAGGUACCGCCGUGACUCCGGCCAUGGCGGUCCUACCCACCACCCCUCUACCCGUGAGCGCCACGGGCAAGAAGGGUAAAAAACGGAGCGCCGGCGGCGGAGUCGGAGGCGGAACCGGACACAAAGAAAAUCAGAUCUUGGCCGAGUCCGUGGACGACCUACCGUGUGCACCCGACGACGAGGACCUCAACACACCGUACCCUUGUGACCAGUGUAACAAGACCAUCAAAGGGCGCGUGAUGCUUCAGGCCCAUCAGUACCAGGAGCAUUUCGACAACCCGGAGAUCGACAACUUGGACAUUGGUGACAAACAUGCUUGUCGAGUUUGCCUGAAACUGUUUACUCGGAAUAGUGACGUGAAAGCCCAUAUCCUCCGGGUUCAUUGUGGUGACCGACGCUAUCCCUGCACUAUGUGUGGGAAGCGAUUCAAGGAGAGCACUCAUCUAAGGAAACAUUUGUACACGCACACGGGAGAAAGACCCCACUACUGUCAACUUUGUAACAAAGGCUUCCAAACGAGCUCAGACUUGAAGCGUCACAAACGCACUCGAGUUCAUCAGGAGCGUGUGGAGCAAGUGACAGCCGCGGGUGGCACCAUCCCCCCGGAUGAGCCCCCGGUCACGGCCACCAAGAGCCAGGCUCAGCCAAACUCGGACCCUCAGCCCGACUCGAUUCGAUGGAACGAGACGGCCAACACCAAACAAGUGGACAAUGCGGCUCAAGCCCUCCUGAAUAGCAUCACACAGCCCGUGGCCCAAAACCCUUCCGAGAUGGUGCUGGCCACUUCGGCUGCCCCGGGGGGAGGGUCCACCACGAUCGACAUGAAAGCCCUGGGCGGGAGCACAGCCUGGAACAAUAAUGCUCUCCCCGGGGCAGCCACUUCGGGUGGUUCUGUGACCCCGGUCAACCCCGUAGGUGGGUCCUCGUCUACAUUGGACUUGAAAGCCAUUGCGGGUGGGUCCACUGUGGAUAUCAACGCCCUGAAAUGGCAAAGCAAUGGCCAACCCACCUCUCAGGCCUCGGCCGUGCCCACGGCAGUGAAACGAAGUUUAUCCGUAGAUUCCCCCGGACAAGACGAGGAACGACUGACCGUGGUAGAAGGGGAUGAUUCCUCACAAGACAGUGUGGCUACGGCGGCCGUGUCCUAGACGAUUUCUUUUCAACUCUUAUUUUAUGAGAUAUUGCCGUUGUCGUUCUCCACUUGUACUGCUACUACCGCUACAACAACAACAACAACUACUACUACUACUACUCCUACUACAACUACGUUUUGUGAGUCUUCGUGUGCGUAGAGCGAGAAAGAAAGCGAAAUCCUGAUUUCCAUUUCUUUCUUCCUCUCCUUUUUGUUCUUUAAGUGAUCGAAGUCACUUAUAUCGCCCAACCACCCAACCCUCGUCAUCCAUCUUGUCGUGGCGAUGGAUGGAGAGCCCCUUGUCCCACCCCUUUGAGUGUUUGCGCGUGUUCAUUUGUGAGUAUGCUUGUGUAUCUUUGAUACGAUAUUGCCUAUAAGAGAACUUAUAUAAUGAAGAAAUGCUUUUUGUCGAAGCGUGUGUUCAUAUCCAAUUAUUAUCAUUUUAUUCUCUAUUCUCUUUUUUAUUGCCAUCACCUGAAUUAUUUUGAUUCCAAUUCUAACUUUCAAGCAAUCCACCAAAAGCAACGCCCGCCCCUCCUCGUUUUGAGCCAAAAGGCCCAGUUUUUAUCGAUCUAGAACGACUAGUGACCCUUAGCCUCUAAAUUGAUCAUUAUUCAAUCCCCUUGACCCGUUUCAAAAAAAAUGGUGUUUGACAUAAGUCCUCAAGCGUCUUCUUAGGUUCCCAAGUGUGAGUUUCAGUCCCUCCUUAGGUCAUUUAAUUGAAAAUAGCUUAAUAAGAAAGAAUAAAAGCAAGAUCGUCCCCCCUUCUACUUCCCGUUUUUUGCCCAUCUAUUGUGAUAUUGUUCCCUGGCAGAUGAGGCACUUCAAAAAAUAGAGGAAUCCUUCUUUCCGCCUGCCUGGAUUGUCGUAUUAAGAAUUAUACACAGAAAAGAACACACAACUUUCACCAUGGUAAACAAGUACAAGUUUCGUUUUGGAUGUUGUGGAUAUCGACAUCCUCCUCGUUCUCGCCAUUACAUUAUUAUUAUAUUGUUGUUCUUAAUGAUAGUGUGGCGAACCUAAUUGAAGAAACUCUUUUAAAACCGAGUGUCAACACUGGCUUUUUUCGGCUCCACAAAAUAUAUUUUUAUGACGUCACUUAAUUAGUAAUAACGUUCCCGAUCCCUGAACCGACCUCCUCCCUCUUUCUAUAUACAUGCAUAUACACUCGCACAUUGUUCAACUUCACUAUUAAUUUGAUUGCUGAUGUCGCUCACUACCUUUACUUCUACUUCUCGAAUUGGUACUCGACAUAAUCACAAUCAUUCUUAUUCCUACUCUGAUUGCUCCCAAUAAUUCUUGAAUCCGUGAACGGAAAGUGACGAACAUGAAUGAGGCAACAACCUCACCGUCCAUGGACUUUUGGCCCGUAAUCGAAAGAGAUCUAGGCGUUUCAUAUCUGAUUUGACCUCAAUCAUCUUUUUGUGUGUGUAUGCGUGUAUAACGCUCCGAUUUCCUCCUCGAUAUAUAUGCGUUUUGUGUACAUAUAGACGGCAAACGACGUUAGUUUUUUCCGACGUUACUUGUUUUAUAUGUAUGAUGACGAUCUUGAUCCGUGUAGAUAUACUUUUGACCACAAUACUAAACCACAUCUACUAUUAUUACUACUAUUGUCUCCGAGUACCGCUAUAUAACAUGAAAUAUAAACCAACUACACCCUA